CCAGAACCAGAACCAGGACCAGGAUCUGCUUCGUUUGGACCCGACCUCCAGCAGAACCUUCUGGACCGCUGCUGGAGUUGUAAUUUAUUUUUGUCUGCAAAUAAAGAUGGCCGCCGCCUCCUCCGCUCCGGUGGGCCUCCUGCUCCUGCUCCUGGUUUCCGUGGAAACGAGGCCUUCACCUCAGAACAACGAGCAGCAGGUGUUUCUCUCUCUGUUCGGCUCUCGCCUCGCCUCCCUCAUCGAGGCCACGCCCCCGCCUGAUGACAUCACAGAGGGCUCCGCCUCCUCACCAACCUCCCCGCCUCUGCUGCUGGCCCUGAGUCGCCACGGUAACGUGAGCGGAUUGGCUGGCAGACAGGAAGUGGUGCCCCGGCUCUUCCUGGACUUCCUGCGGCGGCGGGCGAAGACGAGGAGGCGGAGCCACAAGGCCACGGCGGGAGGAAGAGGAUGCUUCGGGAUGAAGCUGGACCGCAUCGGCUCCAUCAGCGGCCUGGGCUGCUAGGGACGGUUACCAUGGAAAC